GUAGGGGAGGGGGGAGGGGGGACGCCUGGCAGGUGGGGCGCGAAAGCGAUGAGUCCUCGGCUCUUCCUCCUCCUCCUCCGGGACCCGCUCUCUGCCUCCCGCUCCAACGCCCGGAUGAUCUGAGCCGCGAGGGCGCCGAGAGCCGGGGGCCCGGACGCAGCCCGGCUCCACCCCUCCUCCUCCGCCCCCUCCCCGGCCGGUCGCCGCCGCGGUGACCCCCCCACUUCGUCACCUCCCCGGCCGCUGUCGCCGCUGCCUCGGCCGACCAGGGACCUGCCUGCCCGCGGCUCCUCCGGAUUUUAAGUAAACUUGGCGUCUUGAAAGACAGCUGACUGUGGAGAACCUUCUACUAACCGCAGUUUUAGAUGAGAGAACUGAGACUAAGAUGACCUAGAGGAUCAAGACAUAAUGGGAGCAUUUUUAGACAAGCCAAAGAUGGAAAAGCAUAAUGCCCAGGGGCAGGGUAAUGGGUUGCGAUAUGGGCUAAGCAGCAUGCAAGGUUGGCGAGUUGAAAUGGAGGAUGCACAUACGGCUGUAAUCGGUUUACCAAGUGGACUUGAAACAUGGUCAUUCUUUGCUGUGUAUGAUGGGCAUGCUGGUUCUCAGGUUGCCAAAUACUGCUGUGAGCAUUUGUUAGAUCACAUCACCAAUAACCAGGAUUUUAAAGGUUCUGCAGGAGCACCUUCUGUGGAAAAUGUAAAGAAUGGAAUCAGAACAGGUUUUCUGGAGAUUGAUGAACACAUGAGAGUUAUGUCAGAGAAGAAACAUGGUGCAGAUAGAAGUGGGUCAACAGCUGUGGGUGUCUUAAUUUCUCCCCAACAUACUUACUUCAUUAACUGUGGAGACUCAAGAGGUUUACUUUGUAGGAACAGGAAAGUUCAUUUCUUCACCCAAGAUCACAAACCAAGUAAUCCGCUGGAAAAAGAACGAAUUCAGAAUGCAGGUGGCUCUGUAAUGAUUCAGCGUGUGAAUGGCUCUCUGGCUGUAUCAAGGGCCCUUGGGGAUUUUGAUUACAAGUGUGUCCAUGGAAAAGGUCCUACAGAGCAGCUUGUCUCACCAGAGCCUGAAGUCCAUGAUAUUGAAAGAUCUGAAGAAGAUGAUCAGUUCAUUAUUCUUGCAUGUGAUGGUAUCUGGGAUGUUAUGGGAAACGAAGAGCUUUGUGAUUUUGUAAGAUCCAGACUUGAAGUCACUGAUGACCUUGAGAAAGUUUGCAAUGAAGUAGUCGACACCUGUUUGUAUAAGGGAAGUCGAGACAACAUGAGUGUGAUUUUGAUCUGUUUUCCAAAUGCACCUAAAGUAUCGCCAGAAGCAGUGAAGAAGGAGGCAGAGUUGGACAAGUACCUGGAAUGCAGAGUAGAAGAAAUCAUAAAGAAGCAGGGGGAAGGCGUUCCUGACUUAGUCCAUGUGAUGCGCACAUUAGCGAGUGAGAACAUCCCCAGCCUCCCACCAGGGGGUGAAUUGGCAAGCAAGCGGAAUGUAAUUGAAGCCGUUUACAAUAGACUGAAUCCUUACAAAAAUGAUGACACUGACUCUACAUCAACGGAUGAUAUGUGGUAAAUCUGCUCACUAGCCAUGGAGUUUACCUUCACCUCCAAAGGAGAGUACAGCUCAACUUUGUUGAACCUUUUAACAUCCAUCCUCAACUUUAAGGAAGGGGAUAUGACAUGUGAGAGUGAUGACACCAGAGAGCUUCAGCAGUACAACAGCUAGCCCAGAACUGAUUUUUUUUUUUUUUUUUGUAAAUUUGAGACUUAUGUAAACGUGAUUUCAAACCAUAAUUCAUGUUGUAAAUCAGACUCCAGCAAUUUUUGUUGUAUGAUUUUGUUUUUUUGUUUUUUUUUUGUAAAGUGUAAUUGUCCUUGUAAAAAAAUGCUCAUAUUUAAUUAUGAACUGCGUUAAAAUCACUAUCAAUGAUACAAGAAAUGUUUGGCUUGUUGUGUGAUGCAACAGAUAAUAUAGCCCUUUUAAGUCAUGUUAUGUUUGGACUUGGGGUUGGGACAGGGAGAGCAGCAGCCACAUCAGCUAGAUGCUCAAACAUGCACAUGAUUAUGGAAAGUAAUUUCAAAAUCUUACAAAGCUGAACGUCCAAGGAGUUACGGGAACCUAUCUUCAUGGUUUUGGCUUGGUUUGUUGAUAAAACCAUUCCCUUCGUUUAGCUGUCUUUCAGGAUUUCUCCUUGUUGCCAUGAGUUUUGCAGGCGAUACAGUAUAUUCCUAAGAAUAUCAAUCUUGGGGCUAAAAUGCCUUGAUUCUUUGCACCUCUUUUACAAGUCCUUACAUUUAAUUUUUAAUUGAUAAGCAGCAGCUUCCUACAUAUAGUAGGAGACUGCCACAUUUUUGCUAUCAUGAUUGGCUGGGCCUGCUGCUGUUCCUAGUAAGAUACUCUGAAUUCAUUUUAUCAAUAAAGCUUGAUUUAACAAACAAGACACUUAAUCAUGUAUGUGUAAUUCCUCUUUCACCCCGGCCUUUCAAAACACUGUGCCAUUGUAAAUGAGAUGUUUCUCACAGGGAAAGAAGUUAGCCUCUUUUCAUUGGAAAAUACUAUUAGUUCUGUCCCAGAUGGAGCUGUUUCCCUUCCAUUAGAAAGACUAAAAAAAAUUUAAGAUCCUUUUAUUCCUUAAUCUGUUUUUUAAAUAAGUUCAUUUCAGGCUGCUUUUCACUAAGAUGUUCAUCAGCUUAAAUAUGCCUACUGUUUAAAUGAAAUAAUUGUCAAAGUUUGACAAUCUAACCCUCAAUGGUAGGUAUGUGUGUGUUUGUGAGUGUGUGUUUGCCUGUGACUUCUAAUUGGCCUGUGUCUUUAGACUCUUAAGUGGUUAAGAUGUAUUUGUGAUUUGAAAUAUAGCAUGUUGAUAAUAUUUAGCUGUUGGCCUUUAAAAAUACAUUUCAAAGCUUAAGGAAUUGUAGAUCUACGAGUACCUAACUUAAUUUAGGUUUAAAUUCCUCUGAUUAAGCAUGUGAAAGUAAGUUUUACAGUCUGUCACAUUGAAAAGACUACUGUUCUGUGCCCUUCUGUAUUUUUGUCUCUUUAGGUUGAGUGUAUUGUAUUUAUCACCAUGUAAUUGAAUCAGUAGGCAGAUUCCCCACUAGAAAACUAUUAAAAUGUAAGAUUAAAAUGCAACAUUAAAUACAAAUUCAAAACUUUGUGUAUAAAAACUAGUAUGAUCCAUUUUGUUUUAUUUGCUUUUUCCCUAACUUGGAAAUAUACAUAUUUGUAUAUAUAGCCUUAAAACUAAUGUAAAGUUAGGGGAUAGUAGGAAAGUAAUGUGAAAUGUCUCAGAUUUUAGUAGUUACCUACCAGCAAACUCUUUUCAUUAUCCCUCUUAUUUGUGAGGUGAUUAAAUGUAACUUAAUUGUAUUUAAUUUAUAUCUUAAUACAGCAUGAAUAAAGAAAAACUGAGGUACUAUUUAUAUUUAAAAAUUCAUAUCAGUUGGAAUUACAGAGACAAUACCAUACUCACAAUAAAUGCUUAAUGUCUAAAUCUGUGAUAGAGUGUGAAGUAUGAUAAUGUUCCAAAUUAUGGCUUUGCAGGCAACUAAAUGUACAUUUAAUGAAAACCAGUGCUUCUGGUACAGGUCGAUUACUAGCUACACUAGUACUGAAAGCUAAGUCUUUACAACAAGCCAGUUCCUUAAUUUUUUUUAUUUAGCCUUAAGUUUUCAGUUUUAGAAAUUUCAAAACCUUGAACUGGAUUGUGGUAGCUUUUGAGAUGCAAAGCAAAUCAUAAGUAAAAUGUGUGAUGGAAAGCUAUAUUUCAAACCAUAACAGCAUGUUGAGAACCUUUUUGAGUAUCUUUAAACAAAAAAGAGGAAAUUAAAAUAUUCUUCUGUUUAAAGUAUUAUUGAAAUUAAGCUGGAUGUGAGAGGAAGCUGUUUAAGUGUGCUCGAGGAGGGCUAAAUCUUUUCCACAUGAAUCAGCACUCCUAUACUAGAUGUAAUUUUUCGUUAUAAAGAUCCAGGAAGGAACUACACAUGUAACAGCAGUGUGCACAUGUUCCUGAUUCCUGGGAUGAUUUUGUGAUGGGAAACCAACCAUACUUUGAAGAAGCACUUGCACCCCCUCCAUUGUGUACUUCAUUUUGUAUGUCUUAAAUUCUUGGCCCUAACCCUUUUUUUUAUGCUAAUUAACAUCUCAGGGCAAAUGCCUCAAAAAUCUUUGAUGUGUGUUCUUUUUUUCUUUUCUUUUUUGGAGGGAAAAUGUUCUUGUGUUGGUAAUACAAUAUUCAUAGUAUACUUUCAUGUUAAUAGGAUGUUCAUUUUUGUGUAACAGGCUCUUACUAUCUUAACAUCAAAGAAUUUCACAGUAUCUGUUUUCACAGAAUAUGAUCUAAUUUUCAGUUUCUUGGGGAAUACACUUUUAUAGAUAACAGAAGCAUUCUCUAUAUUAGCAUAAGCUUUAAAAAUCAAGGUGGUACUUAUAUUCAGCUUUAGAACUGCCCUUGAACAUAAUUUUAGUUAUAGCACAUUAAUUUGCCUCUAGAGAAUUAUACAGCUGCCCUAGCUUCUUAAUUUUUUGUACUAACUUCACAACAAUUUGGGGAAAAGCCAGGCCUAGGGGCACAUGAGGCCAGUUCUGGGAGGUUGAGGCGAGAGGAUCUCAAAUUCAAGGCCAGUCUGGGUUACAAAGUGAGACCCUGUCUCAAAAAAAUAAAGGAAUUUGGAUUAAAGAAUAAAUAAGCCAUAUAAUUCAAAUCAUCUAAAUUGCAGUACUGUUUUAAUGAUUGUCUGUUCGAAACACUUAUUAAUCCAGCUAACUCAGCCUUUCCACAAAGUAUGUUGAGUGUUAUCUACAAAACACUGUUCUAGGUUAAAUAUCUGGGACUAUAAAGAGAUGAAAUGGGUUUUUGCCCUCAGGAAGUUUACUUUUGGGCAGAAUUUAUAAUCUAGUGUGUAUUCAUGUUAUAACUGGAUCACUCAUCAAAAAAAAAAAAGUUACAUAUUGCCCACUUACUACUAUCUGCUGGGUAACCCUUCUGAACAGGGGGCCCCUGCCCUAAAGAGCUCACUAGCACUUCCUUUUUUCAUCUGAAAAUUCUCCCCAAAGUUGAAGAUUUGCUCAGCAUAAUGGUAAAAUUACCAGGCUUAAGUGUGUUCAGAAUACUUGAUUGUAAAGAACAGCCUUUAAUUCCUGCUGACAGCAGCAAAUUGGAGAAAUAAGUGAUGGAUUUCUUAGAAUUCUCCAACCCAGGGGAUACAGGUGGGGUUUGAUUUUAGGACAUUGUACAUACAUACAUACAUACACAGCUAAAUUGAGCUAUGUUUUUUAAGUAAAAGUGUUCUCUAUAUAGCACAGUGUUGGUGUUAAUGUCAAAUUUUCACCAAAUGAUUGCCAUGUGUUUGAUGAUUUUAAAAUAACUUCAAGUGCCCAUCUUUACUGGACAAAUUCAUAUGGUAAUUCAACAUGUGAUUUAUAAAAGAACUGAUGAAAUUGGGUACUGGUUUUCUUUUGGGUUUUAAUUUUGAACUACAUGGUAUCCUUUUGGCUCAAACUUUGCUGUUUUUACAGUAUUAUAUUAGAAUCUGCUAUUAGAAAAGGUAUGUAAAUGUUUCUCAUUUGAGUUUUUUCUUUGAAGGGACCUGCAAGAUUUUCAUAUACUUUUGCGUACAGCUAAUGGGAUGACCACUUUUUAACUGACUAGUCUUCUAGUUAGUUUUUCUUUUAGGCAUUAGAAAGUGUUUAUAGGUUAAAAUUUUAGCAACCUAAUUUUACUUAAUAUUCAAUAAUGUGCCAUGUGUUUUGGUUUGUAUUUGUUUUAAAUUAUAUAUUUAGAAUAUGCUUGAAAUAUUUACGAACACAUUGUCUAAAUGUACAAUAUUGUAUUUCAUUUAUCAAAAGUGUUAAUUAUGACAUAGAAUGCUCUACAGCAAUAAUAGGGGGCAUUCAUUCCACUUUAUUGUCAAAGGAGCAUUUUCCAUCUAUUCCCCUCGACAUAGAUUCUUUCCAUUUUACCUGAUUCAGAUGUUGAACUGGUGACCUCUGUUCUCACUGUUUUCCUGUUUAUAGACAGCGGGUAGGAGCAUCCAUUAGAAAAACCUCAGAUGGUGUUGAAAUUGCAGUUGGCAUGAGAUAGGGAAAAGGGUUGUUUAAGUUUAUACAACAACAAAGUGACAUUUUUUUCUCUCCCUUAUUCUGCAUGAAAUACGAACCCAAAAAAGAACUUGGCCAUACCCAGCACAAUUGUGAAUAUGCAUCCUCACAGCUAAAAAUAAAGAUAUGUUUGCUUUCCUUAAAAACAAAAGUCCCCCUGUCUUCUACAUCCCUCUUGAUGUUAUCUCCCUUUUUUCAGUUUGAAACAGGCCAGUUCCAUCUUCUUGAGUAAGUGUAUUACUUCAUCAAGGCCCGUCAAUACUUUGUUAAACAGGGCUGGACAUAAGAAAACUUGGGAUAUGGAGCUGUACAAAAUGCUAGGGGAAAAGGCAGUUGAGGAUCACCCUUAAUUCCUUUUAAAGCCAUCAAAAGGUCUUCUUUGGAUCUGGCUAUAAAUGUUAAAGAACUACUGAGUCAUGCAAGCUAACAAGAACCAACUUUUGCUGCUCAGAUAAUUUGAUUUUUUCAAGCAAUAUAGUGAUAAAAGUUACUGAUUUUUUUUAAAUAUAUCUUUUAUUCAUAUGUGCAUACAAUGUUU